AUGGCUCAAUCAUCAAUGAUAGUGCGCAAUGGCGGUUCUUCCAACGUACGCCGCAAGCUUGAAUCAGAGGAUGAGAUUAUCCAGAUCCUCGACUGCGACCUCAAUGUUGUGACAAAGCGCUUCCGUGUGACGCUCAUUGGACGAGUUUUCAAUCUCCAGGGACGGAGCAUUGAUGCUUUGAUCCAUCUCCUCCCCCGUAACAGGAUUUGGAACGUAGAAGGCCGAGUUCGUGGUUUAAAUCUCGGCAACGGGCGUUUCCAGUUUGACUUCGAUAAUGAAACAUAUCUACUCUCUGUCCUAAACAAACGCCUUUGUCAUUUUAAUCAAUGGAGUUUCGCGCUCGAACGCUGGGAACCGUUUACCAGUGAAUCCUUCCCUAACACAAUCCCUUUCUGGAUAAGUGUAACAGGGGUCCCAGUCCACUUCUGGAAUGAUCAGACCUUCAUUGCGAUCUCAAAACCUCUAGAAACUUGGACCUCCCUAGACUCGAAACGAGCAAGAAUUCAAGUAUCUGUCAACGUUGACAAGCCCCUGCAAUUCGAGCGUCGUAUAGAGUUCCCAAACGGUGACAUAGGAAGGAUUUUCUUCUCCUAUGAGGGUCUCCACCGAUACUGUUUUACCUGCCACAUGAUCUCACACGAUGAAAAUGCAUGUCCCCAACUUACUCCGGAGGAACGAGAACUCAAACAGCAACAAAGAGCAGAGCUUAACGCUCAAGCAGACCCGCCUUCUCUUACGACAGGGACCAUGAAACGACCUCGCUCCCCCCUAAAUGGGCGCCAUUCCCCUAAUUCAGGGAGACAUAGAAUCUCCUCCUCAAAUCAACCCCAGAGCCACUAUCGAAGAGAAGAAAAAAGACAGAAGCUCUCAACACCCCGUGAAAACAGAGCUUACCACCCCUAUCAAAAGGAAUUGUCUAAAGAGCGGGAAUCAUCCUCGCAAGGACGAUGUCUGGAGACGUCUAGAGCUUCCACCCCGUGCUUCUUCCGCCUAUGGAAAUGGGAAGGAUAUUUCUUCUAA